AUGGAAUAUCCAACCAUAUCUACAUCGUGGCCAUUACCAGAACCGUCGCAAGAAGUCAAGAAUCUUCUCAAUCUUUUCUUCACGCUUGCAGACUCGAAAGAGGAAAAUGUAGGGAGUCGUUUGGCGAAGGAAGUCUUCACAUCAGAUGGAGAGUUUCUACUUCCUCAGGGUAGUUUCAAGGGCUUCUUAGAAAUACAAGAAUCACGCAAAGAUGCAUGGGCUAUUCUUCAAAGGCGCCGCCACACCGUCCUGAAGGUGUAUGCCAACAACUCACAUGGUUUAGAUCUGAUAAUGAUCGGGAAGCUUGAUGUGACGACUGUACAGGGAAAGCAGUCAUCCAACCAAUUCGUUGCCCGCGCACUGAUUGAAGAGAGGGAUUCGGCACUCAGGCUGAAGCUCUAUCGUGUUAUUGCUCCAGCAGUGGAAGAUAAAUCACCAAUUAUCGAGGUUCCAUGA